AGCUUUGCUGUUGUGGUGACGAGCAAGAGGCCUUGAAGUCCAUCAUGAAGGACCUGGUGGCCCUGCAGAUGGGCAGGCGGCACCGGCUGCCGGGCUACGACUCCAUGAAGAGCAAAGAGCCUGCUCACUCCAACAAGCAGAAAAAACACCAUGCCAGCAGUCCCCCCCUCUUGGGCAGCCCUGCAAUAAUGAACCAGUGUGCCUCUGCAGUGGAAGAAAAGAAAAUUCCGAAUGAUGUCAGGAUCAAGUUUGAACAUAAUGGGGAGAGAAGGAUUAUCCCGUUUGUCCGCCCCGUGCGCUACGAAGACGUGCAGCAGAAAGUGAAAACAGCCUUUGGGCAGCCCCUGGACCUGCACUACAUGAACAACGAGCUCUCUAUUCCUUUGAAAAACCAAGAUGACCUGGACAAAGCUGUGGAUCUCUUAGACCGGAGCUCCAAUGUGAAAAGCCUGAGGAUCCUGCUGCUGUCCCAGGACAGGAACCAUAGCAGUUCUUCACCCCAUUCUGGGCUGCCCAAGCAGGUCAGGAUUAAAACUUCCCAGUCUGUGGGGGAUGUGAGCACACCCUACCAGCAGCCAGAACCCAGAAGCAGGCAUCUGUCUGUCAGCGCGCAGAGCACCGGCCGCAGCUCGCCCCCGCCCGGCUACGUCCCCGAGCGGCAGCAGCGCAUCGCGCGCCAGGGCUCCUACACCAGCAUCCACAGCGAGGGCGAGUUCAUCCCCGAGACCAGCGAGCAGUGCAUGUUGGACCCUCUAAGCAGUGCUGAAAACUCGGUGUCAGGAAGCUGCCAGUCCUUGGACAGCCCUUCUUUUCGGAAGUCACGGAUGUCGAGGGCACAGAGCUUUCCUGACAACAGGCAGGAGUUCUCAGACCGUGAGAAUCAGAUCCACGACAAGGCGGGCAAGGGUGGGACGUACCCGCGGCGCUACAACGUGUCCGUGCAGCACAAGGACUACAGCGACGGGCGGAGGACGUUUCCCCGGAUCCGCCGCCACCAAGGCAAUCUGUUCACACUGGUGCCUUCGAGCCGUUCCCUGAGCAGCAACGGGGAGAGCCUGGGGCUGGCGCUGCAGUGCCUGGAGCCGCGCGGGCGCCUGCGCAGCGCCGACAGCGAGAGCGCGCUGGAGAGGAGCCUGCCCACCAAGUCUCCCAGCGCUCCCAUGAACUGGCGCCGGGGGAAGCUGCUGGGCCAGGGCGCCUUCGGCCGCGUGUACCUGUGCUACGACGUGGACACGGGCAGGGAGCUGGCGGCCAAGCAGGUGCAGUUCGACCCCGAGAGCCCCGAGACCAGCAAGGAAGUGAGUGCCCUGGAGUGUGAAAUCCAGCUGCUGAAGAACCUCCAGCACGAGCGCAUUGUGCAGUAUUACGGCUGCUUGAGGGACCGAGCAGAGAAGACCUUGACCAUCUUCAUGGAGUACAUGCCAGGGGGCUCAGUGAAGGACCAGCUGAAGGCGUACGGGGCGCUCACCGAGAACGUCACGCGCAGAUACACGCGGCAGAUCCUCGAGGGCGUCUCCUACCUGCACAGCAACAUGAUCGUGCACAGGGACAUCAAGGGUGCCAACAUCCUGCGUGACUCUGCAGGGAACGUGAAGCUGGGGGACUUUGGGGCCAGCAAGAGGCUGCAGACCAUCUGCAUGUCGGGGACAGGGAUCCGCUCGGUCACGGGCACCCCGUACUGGAUGAGCCCCGAGGUGAUCAGCGGGGAAGGCUACGGCAGGAAGGCGGACGUGUGGAGCCUGGGCUGCACCGUGGUGGAGAUGCUGACCGAGAAGCCCCCCUGGGCGGAGUACGAGGCCAUGGCCGCCAUCUUCAAGAUCGCCACGCAGCCCACGAACCCGCAGCUGCCCUCGCACAUCUCGGAGCACGGCCGGGACUUCCUGAGGCAGAUCUUUGUGGAAGCCAGGCACAGACCCUCUGCUGAGGAGCUGCUCAGACACCACUUUGCACAGCUCCAGUACUGAGUUACCUCCGUGCUCGCGGCUCUGCCGGCCUGGCCGCGCCCUGGCCCGUCUGAGUGCGGCUGCCCCUCGUGCUGCUGCGCCCUCGAAGGGCAGCUCAGCCAGCCCGGGCCUUUGGGAGCUUCUGCCGGGGAGCCUGGGCUCUGCUCUCGUGCCUGAUUCCUCUCUUUGCUGGGCUGCUGCUCCUGCUGCCUCCCCGGGCUGCCUGGAUGUGUGUGUUCUCUGCAGGAGUGGGAUCCUGGCUGGAGUCUUCGCUGCCUGAGCGCGGGAGACCUCUGAGCCCAAGUGGGAGCUGGGAGAGCUCCCCCCUUCAGCAGAACAGGAGCGUGCAGAGCCCCCAGAGCAGCUCUGCCUGUGGCAGCCCCUGGUUCUCCCCUCCUGGGGCUCCGGAGGCGCCUCCAGUCCCUGGAUCCAGCAGAAAGCCAUGGAGCGUGCUCUCACUAGAGAUGGGGUCUUUUUCCUCUUGAGUAUUCAGCAUCUGAAGGUGUUCAGAAAAUACUGAUUCAAAAGUAUGUGAAUAGUGUUAUUUUAUAAUGACCCCAUGGAUUUGGGGCUGGGGGUGAGGAAGGUCCUUCCAGCCAAAUGUCAGGGGAAUCAGACAGGUCUCAGCAGAAUGCAGUCACCCCAGGGCCUGGGGGAAGGGCUCUCCCAGUGCUGGUGGGAAAUCCAGAGCUGAUUUCCAAGGUUUGAUCUGGCCCAGCAUUAGGACAGUGUUGGUUCGUGUCAUACCAAACAAAUCUGUGCUCCUGCUUCCUCUGGGGCUGCUGGGUCCAAACAAAACCCCCGGAAGGGAAUUCAGUGGAAUUCGGCUUCCUCCUGCGUCUGUCUCUUUGGCUGGUAACAUUUUACCAUCCUUUUAACCAAAGAUAGUCCUCUGGUGCCCAGGAAUUUACUCAGAGUUUCUUUAAGCACAUGGCCUAGUGGAAAAUUGAGGAUUUCUUGGGGAGAAUUACCUGGACACUCAUUCUUGCUGUGCAGAGGAAGCUCAGCCCUUUGCUGUGAGUUGUUGAAUUACAGGUGUGCAAGUGAUCAUUUCAGAGUUCCAGUAAAAUGU